UAAAGACUUUUGAGUUGUGAUUUUUGAAUGUCAUUUCAACCAGAGAUCUUGCCUUGUAGAGAUGAUCAAAGCAUUGUCACCAAUACACUGCAGAUUAACAGCCACUCUUAGGGCUUUUUUUUGGCUAGUAACUCUAUGGGAAAUUCAGAAAUGCAGCAGUGAGGGCGUGGUUGAAGGGAAGGCUGUCAAUCCAGUUUGCUAUAGGACACAAUUUGUUGAUUGUCAAGAAUGGCAAGUGCUGAUUUCAAUCUGCUUUAUGAUUUAUGGUUGGAUGCAAAGUGGGCCAGUAAUCCAGCAUUGGAUUGAUUUAUUGGAUUCUUGCAAAGAUGGUCACAUUAGCCAAAUUCUAGCAUCAGGCAAGUUUUACAUUGGUUAUGCGAUCUAAAGGAGGCUAACCAGUUAUUGUAGAUAUUCUAAACCAUUGAAAACAUGGAAAUGGCGAAGCACUCCCACUCAUUUUGCAAGUCUGGUAAUUAAAAAUAUUUUUCUUAUCGUCAUUUCAUAAUGUGCCACUGCGUUAGUUGUUCUGUAUAUUCUACUUUGGUCUUUGUAAAUAGUAUAGUGCCUCUACUCCCUUGAUAACUGAUUGGAUCUUGAAUUUUUCAACUGUCAUCUGCAAUUCCUAUUAGAAGCUUUUGGUAGCAAACACCAUGAUGCCAAAAUCCUUUUGUGUCUUCUAUGAAUUUCCUGCCCGUCAGUUCUGAGGAUCAUAAACUACCUAUCAAGCUUGACCUGGUUGCAAAUUGUAAUAUCUAUCCCUUUAAGCAUGUAUAUUAAUGAGAAGGCAUAUUAGGCUUACUAUACAGCUUCAGAUCGUGGUAAUGAUGGAACUUGCAGUCUUUGAAAUCCUGACUCAGACUGUUCAAUGGUGAAAAUUCUUACUACUUGAGAGAUGUAUAAUAAUGUUGCUGCUUGAGAGAUGUAUUAUGACUUUGAUAUUACAGUAGUGGAUUUCAAUGAA